CACGUGUGCGCGGCAGCACCAUGAGCAGCACUGUCCUUCCUCGGUAGACUUGUUUUUGUAAGCCUGUACCCUUCGCAUGUAGCCAGCUGGCCUGCGUUAGCCGGAGAAGCAGAUUGUUUUCUAUUUCUUUUACAGAUUCACGUACUUACACAAGGCUGCUGCUGGGACUUCUUUUUCUGUUGCCACACUGACUGCCGACCAUGGUGAGCAAGACAGAUGACAUACCGGCGUCAGUGCCCAACUGUAAUCCGGUUGAUCUUGCGGAUGAAGCCGGAGAUGGAGCCCAGGACAGCAAAGAAAGCAGCAAGACACAUCUGAAGGACUCCUGCGGCUGUGGGCACAGUGCAGAUACAGCCAUGGUGAAUGGUGACGGGGCUCACGGGCACACAGAGGAGACAGAAUCCAAACAGGAUGGGAACUGUGAAGCGGAUGGAGGGGAAGAGUCCAAUGAACAGGAAGUGAUCGUGAUCCAGGACACAGGCUUCACCGUUAAGAUCCAGGCACCAGGGACAGAGCCAUUCGACCUGCAGGUAUCUCCCCAGGAAAUGGUUCAGGAGAUCCAUCAAGUGUUGAUGGACCGUGAGGACACCUGCCACCGCACCUGCUUCUCCCUGCAGCUGGACGGAAAUGUGCUGGACAACUUUGCUGAGCUCAAGUCCAUCGAGGGUCUGCAGGAGGGCUCGCUGCUCAAAGUGGUGGAAGAGCCGUACACGGUGCGUGAGGCCCGCAUUCAUGUGCGUCACAUCAGAGACCUGCUGAAGAGUCUGGACCCUUCAGAUGCCUACAAUGGGGUGGACUGUAACUCUCUCUCCUUCCUUAGUAUCUUCACUGAUGGUGACCUUGGAGAUAGCGGUAAGCGAAAGAAGAAGGGCAAUGAGCUGGAACAGAUUGACUGCACGCCUCCAGAGCACAUCCUGCCUGGCAGCAAAGAGCGCCCCCUGGUGCCCCUCCAGCCACAGAACAAGGACUGGAAGCCCAUGCAGUGCCUAAAGGUCCUAACCAUGAGCGGCUGGAACCCUCCACCUGGAAACAGGAAGAUGCACGGUGACCUCAUGUACUUGUACAUUGUGACUGUGGAGGAGCGCCAUGUUAGCGUCACUGCCUCAACACGCGGCUUCUACCUCAACCAAUCUACUACCUACACCUUCAACCCUAAGCCAGCCAACCCAAGCUUCCUGAGCCAUUCUCUGGUUGAGCUGCUGAGCCAGAUCAGCCCUGCCUUUAAGAAAAACUUCACUGCCCUGCAAAAGAAAAGAGUCCAGAGACACCCUUUUGAGAGGAUAGCCACGCCUUUCCAGGUGUACAGCUGGACAGCCCCGCAGGUAGACCAUGCUAUGGACUGUGUCCGAGCCGAGGACGCCUACACCUCCCGCCUGGGUUAUGAGGAGCAUAUACCUGGACAGACCAGGGAUUGGAAUGAGGAACUUCAGACAACCAGAGAGUUGCCCCGGAAAAACCUGCCUGAACGCCUGCUGAGGGAGAGAGCCAUAUUUAAGGUCCACAGUGACUUUGCGGCUGCUGCUACUCGAGGUGCCAUGGCAGUAAUCGACGGAAAUGUAAUGGCCAUCAAUCCUGGAGAGGAAACACGUAUGCAGAUGUUCAUCUGGAACAAUAUCUUCUUUAGCCUAGGCUUUGACGUGAGGGACCACUAUCGGGAACUGGGUGGAGACGCCGCUGCCCACGCUGCACCCACAAAUGACUUGAACGGUGUACGAGCGUACGGUGCUGUGGAUGUGGAGGGGCUGUACACUCUGGGCACAGUAGUGGUGGACUAUAGAGGGUAUCGUGUCACAGCCCAGUCCAUCAUCCCUGGGAUCCUUGAGCGUGAGCAGGAGCAGAGCGUCAUCUACGGAUCCAUCGACUUUGGAAAGACGGUGGUGUCUCACAGUAAAUACCUGGAGCUGCUGGAGAAGACAAGCAGGCCACUUAAGGUCCAGAGACACAGUGUACUAAAUGAGAAAACUGAGACGGUAGAGCUAUGCUCUUCUGUCGAAUGCAAGGGCAUUAUUGGAAACGAUGGCCGACACUACAUCUUGGACCUACUUCGCACUUUCCCUCCUGACCUUAACUUCCUGCCUGUGGAUGGAGAGGUGCUGUCUCCAGAGAGUCAGCGCCAGGGCUUCCCCCGCCAGCACCGCCACCGCCUUGCUUGUCUACGCCAGGAGCUCAUUGAGGCCUUUGUUGAGCAGAGAUAUCUUCUCUUCAUGAAAAUGGCAGCACUACAGCUCAUGCAGCAGAAAGCAAACAAGGACACAAAGACUGACACAGCCGCUAUCACAGAAACCUCAGAAACGACCUCAGAAAGCAAAGAUGAUACAACCCAGACACAGACCGCUGCAUCAGAUUCUUCCUGUCCAGCAGACAUCUCCAUAGACAGCACAAACCAGACAGACAACAGCACUUCUGCUGCUUCACAGGCAGCCAGUGACGGUGAAGAAAACUCCACGAAGCCCACCACAAACGGGCCUCUUGAGCUCACAGCCACCCAGAAUGGGGAAUGCAAGAGCCCACUGGAGGGUAAGGAGUUUGAGGAAAGUAUUCCAGGAUUAGCUCAGGCCAAAGAGCUGGCGGAGACCUUAGUUGCCGAAGAUGGAUCUUGUAUUGAUCCCAAAAGCCGUGAGGUCGUCCUCAACGCCUGCAAGGCAGUGGGCUCCAUCAGCAACACGUCUUUUGACAUUCGCUUCAACCCUGACAUCUUCUCCCCAGGAGUACGUUUCCCGGAUGAGAGUGCAGAUGAUGUACAGAAACAAAAGCAGCUUCUCAAAGAUGCUGCUGCCUUCCUGGUUUCCUGUCAGGUCCCAUCACUGGUUAAAGACUGUUUGGACCACAGCUCUGUGCCCAUGGAUGGAGCCACACUGACUGAAGCCUUGCACCAGAGAGGCAUCAAUGUCCGCUAUUUGGGCUCAUUGCUGGAGUUUGUGGACAAAACUCCUGCCAAAGCCCAGCUAGAGCACUUUUAUAGAAUAGGCAUCAGUGAGCUCAUCACCAGAUGUGCAAAACAUAUCUUCAAGACAUACCUCCAGGGUGUGGAGUUGUCUGCCCUUUCUGCCGCUGUAAGCCAUUUCCUCAACUGCUUCCUGAGUUCCUUCCCUGACGCAGUUGCCCACCUUCCUCCUGACGAGCUGGUGUCGCGCCGCAAAAGCCGCAAGCGCCGUAACAGGGUACCUGGCAGUGGUGAUAACACGGCGUGGGCAAGCUUGACGCCCAGCGAGUUGUGGAAGAACAUUGCCUCUGAGGCCCAGAGUUACUAUCACUUCACUAUACAGUGUGAAAGUGUGGACCAGGUGGUGGAGAAAUAUGGCCUCCAGAAAAUCACUCUGCUCAGAGAAAUUUCAGUCAAAACUGGCAUCCAGAUUUUGAUAAAGGAAUAUAACUUUGACAGCCGCCACAAGCCUGCCUUCACAGAAGAGGAUAUCCUGAAUAUUUUCCCUGUCGUGAAGCAUGUUAACCCCAAAGCCUCAGAUGCCUUCCACUUCUUCCAGAGUGGACAGGCCAAAGUGCAGCAAGGUUUCCUGAAGGAGGGCUGCGAGCUGAUAAAUGAGGCACUUAACCUCUUUAACAAUGUGUACGGAGCCAUGCACGUUGAGAUUUGUGCCUGCCUGCGUCUCCUGGCACGCCUUAAUUACAUCAUGGGAGAUCAUCCUGAGGCUCUGAGCAACCAGCAGAAAGCUGUUCUGAUGAGUGAACGAGUCCUUGGCAUUGAGCACCCCAACACGAUUCAAGAAUAUAUGCACUUGGCACUGUACUGCUUUGCAAAUGGGCAGCUGUCCACAGCCCUGAAGCUGCUGUAUCGUGCCCGUUACCUCUUGUUGUUGGUGUGUGGGGAGGACCACCCAGAGAUGGCGUUGCUAGACAGUAACAUUGGGCUGGUGCUGCACGGAGUUAUGGAGUAUGAUUUAUCACUGAGAUUCCUGGAGAACGCCUUGACCAUCAACACAAAGUACCAUGGACCCCGGUCCCUCAAAGUGGCCCUAAGCCAUCAUUUGGUGGCAAGGGUUUACGAGAGCAAGGCCGAAUUUCGCUCUGCACUGCAGCAUGAGAAGGAGGGUUACACCAUUUACAAGAACCAGAUGGGAGAGGCACAUGAGAAAACCAAGGAGAGUUCAGAGUACCUGAAGUAUCUCACCCAACAGGCUGUAGCUCUACAGAGAACCAUGAAUGAGAUCUACAAGAACGGUUCUAAUGCUAGCAUCAUGCCCCUCAAGUUCACUGCUCCCAGCAUGGCCAGUGUCCUGGAGCAGCUCAACAUUAUCAACGGCAUCAUCUUUAUACCACUCAGCCAAAAGGAUCUGGAGAACUUGAAGGCGGAGGUUCAGAGGCGGCAGCAGCUGCAGGAACUGGGGAAGAGUGAGGAGCCUUCUGAGGACAGCCCACUGGAGCUGGAGGACAAAAUUCCCAUAGAUUAAACUCUAAAAUGCCCUUAACACGGCUACUAUCUGCUAUUGGGGAGGGAGGGGGAAGCUGUGACUUAACAGCAAUGUCACUGAGCCUGUGGAACUGAGAGCCAGGCGGUUUGAGUCAGCAUUGAAACAAACAGGGGGAGGGAUGGGGGAGGGCAGCUCAGAGAACAAAACUGUAUGAACUGCAGGACAAAACCGUACAGAGAGGGGACUUCCUACAAGGUAGGAAAGAGAGGGAGGAGAAAGUACAGACAACAUAGAAUCAACGUUAACAUGCAAUCUAACAAAUCCCCGGCCUGAAAAUCUGCUGAUGCAGAUGUUAGCUGUAGAGGUACGAUCACAUAAAAACACAUGGGGAUAGCCAGGAGAGGGAGACCAAGGACGACCAUGACAUUGUAUACCAGAGCCUUAUCCACUUUACCAUAUUCCCCCAGUUCCUCUCAGCUCAGACAUCCCACAGCACUGUUAGCCCAGGACCAUUUUCUGCCCCACCAUUCCCUAAAGGGCCUCGGAGACCUCGGGGAUGUAGCUAGCCCUCCCCCCUAAAUGGCGCUCGAAAUGAGGAAGCACCAACCCUGUCCUAGAACUCAGGGGUACUUUCUACUGUGCACUAAGACCACAAAACAGUCGCUAAAUUUGAGAUUUUUCAAGUGGGGCUUCAGAAUGUAAAUUCCUUCCUCUUUGGCUUCCUUGAGCCACUUUUGCAGCAGCCGCACAUCAAUCACACACAUCCCUGAUGGUUAAUCAAUUUAACCGUUCUCUCAUUUGUACUUUACGACAUCCCAGGUGGGUGCCUGCUGUGUCCAAUGGUUCUCGUCUCUCUAAGCAAGAAAAUAAUAGUCACAACAAUAGUGAGCCUCCAACUGGUUUGAUUUCAUUUGCUGGAAUUGUUUUCUUUCUUUUUUUAAGUGAUGGGUUUUGUAAAAGUGCAAAGGAAAAUAAGAGGGUAUUUUACGCCUAUUGAUCAUCAAUUAAUUUAAGCCAUGUCUGUUUUAUAAAAAAAAAUGUAUAGAAGUGGAAAAAAGAUGUAUAAAUCUAUCAGAUUUAGACAGGUGCUUGAUUGAUGUUAAUGGAAAAAGCAGAUUUGAAACAUCCACUUUACGCAGUAGAUUUAUCUCUCUAUAUACUAGCUGUUCAAUAUUCUAUUUUUACACAUGGAAAGAAUAUGUGCAUGUAUGUUUGUAUGUGUGACAGUGUGUGUGUCUCUGUGUAGUCCAACAGAAAUUCUAAUGGCCAGGGAUGUUGCUGCUUCUGCUGCUGCUGCUGCGUAGUUCAAAUACAGGCUAAAAGCAAACGUUGGCUUUCCAAAUGUUUUAUUUUUCUACUCAUAGUUGACCUGUUGGAUAGCUAAUGCCUCUUUCUUUAAUCAGUCAUGGCUGCCAGUGUUGUAAAUCUAUUUCUGUAUGAAUUGGUACUAAAAGAGCCUCUUCUCACCACAGGCAGUAGAGACUGAUUUGUUGUUGCUGGGAGUUAUUAUUUUUUUCUUUUCCAUUAUUUGGUCAUCUUUUUGUAUGUAACUGAGAUAAAAACCAGCCAGAGUGUCUGUUCAUUGAGCGGCGUUUAGUGCACUUUCUCCUGCUGUUUGAAUGUGCGGUUAUGUACACAGCACAACCAAAAGUGGACAAAGGAAGAGCUGCCUCAGUGUGAUGUACCAAAAAAGACUGAUAAAAGGUUUGUGUGCGCUUGUAUACAUGCAAUGUAUCCCUCCCAUGGCAAUUUAUUACUUGAUUGUUGCCGUGUCUAAAUGUAUGAUUAAAGCAAUAGAGAGAUGGUGCUGGAAAUGAUUGUUUCUCAAGAAUGCAUUUUUACCAGGUAAAAAAAAAAAAAAAAAAAAACAACAAACAAGAGGACUACUUUCUGUAUUAUCCGGAUAACCUGAAAAUGAGGGAGCUGUGGGGAAAAUAACUAAAGGAGAGCUCUUAGGACUGGUUCGGCUGUCACAGUGAUUUUUUUUUUCUGACUGCACCAAUAAGAUGAUGUCAUAACAUCAGUAACAGAGCGUGGUGUGUAUUGUGCCUAUUGUGUAUGCUUCUGAAUGGAACCAGGGUGAUGACAGGUAAUAACUUUAUAAUAUAUGCUUCUUGAUUUUGUUUUUAUUUUGGGCUUGUUUUAUCAUGUUUUUUAGUUUAAUUAUUGAUUUUCUUUUCUUUUGUCCCUGCUCACUAAGCCCUGGCCAACAGUAAUACCAAUCGUGUCCAUAGGGUGGCACACCAACAUCUGUUUCAAUCUGGGGGACUUGCAUUGGCCUUUGCUGACACUUGUAUUAGUGCUAGAGCACACAGUUACACUAAAGUAGCAAAAGAGAAUAAUAGUGAUACUGACAGCAAGCAUUUUCUGAUUAACUGUUAGUCCAUAAAGGUGUCCGAAAUCGGAAUCUGACAUCAAAUCAGCAGUAUUCUGAUUGUCUGGGUAUCUCCCAGUUUACAAUAGGAACAUUUAUGAAUGAUUAUUGUUUUGUGCAAAGAUAAAGUUCUCUUUGUUACACAUUUAAUGCAGUGCUUUUGUGUAGUUGGAAGCACUGAUUGUUCCCUAGAGAGUCCAGUGGAACAUUUGUGUUUUGAAUUAAGUUGUACAAAGAUUUGAUAUGUAACUAGGAAUUAGAAUAUGAGCAGACUUUAAAGCAACAAUAUGGUGUAAUAAAUCCAAACUAAGGGCAAAGGUUUGUAUUUACAUUUAAUUUGCAUACACAUCGUUUCCAAAGUAUGAAAUGUAAUGCAGAUGUAAAAUAUGGAUACUGACAUGACAUACAAUUAAAAAGCUAAAAAUGUACUUUCAAGACAUGCCAUUUGUGCUAGAUAAACUUCAAAGUCUUCGUAAGGAGGAAAAUGCUCUAAGCUACCAUGCACAUUAUGCUGCCCACCAGUUAUCACAUAAUUGUCACUGCCUGAGACCUGAAAAGAUGAUUGCCUAAAAGUUUUGUGCUCUAUUAGCUGAUGAAGUUUCUUAUGCACAAAGGCGUCUUAGGCCAGGUGUUUGAGUCUGCUUCCUCUGAUGUGUGGCAUUUGUGUGUUGCUCUUUACAAAAUAACAAUCUAACUAUAUUUUGGAUUGAGUUUGCUUUUUUAUAUGAAAAUAAAUAAAAUUAUGCUAGUAAAACUUC